AUGUCUUCACAAACCCUCUCAAAAGCGCACCGCAUGAGCUACCGCAUCGGCCGCGGCGAACAAGGCGUCCUCACCUUCGAGCCAUACAAAUCCGAAAUCCUGCCGCUAUGGCGCUUCAAAACGCCUGCCAUAGCAAGGCAAAGUUCAAAGCAGAUAUACGACAAGUUUCUCGAAUAUAACGAACGAGAAGACUUUGUCGGCAUGGACAUGUGCCGGAAAUUCUUGCAGAUGGGUAUGACUAGAGCGAAGAGGUAUGCGAACCAUGCUGGUGGGAGAAAGUACGACAAAGAAACGGGCGAAGAGCUGGAAAGAAGCAGUAAGCAUGAGGGUGCAAAGGAGAAAUUGGAAGCUUCGGUGAUUUUCAAAGAGGUGUGGGAGAAGGCGAAAAAGCACGAAGGGUAUCUGGACAAGAAGGAGAUGUUUCUCAAAGAACAGAAAGAAUGGGAUAAGCAGCAGAAGAAAGACGGAAAGAAGUGA